AUGAUCACCUUAGUCGGUACAUGUCUUGAAUUGAUCCGUUAUCUUCAUCAAAUUCUGAAAGUCAAUGAGGUAAAACAGCGUAGAAAUGAGUUGCUGAUUGGAUACAUGACAGUGAUUCUAUGGGCAAUGAGAUCCAGAUAUUUACUGUAUUAUUCGGGAUACGAUAAAAAGAAUGUGUUCUGGCUUCAACUCAACGCGCUAAUCUAUGCUGGCAGUAUAUAUUUCUUCCUGCGUAUCACACUUCAUGCUAAUCCACGUAUGCCCACUCCACGCUAUUCGGAAUUCACCGAAACCCGUAUUUAUCUCGUCGUUGCCCAUUUUUACGUAAUAUUUACUGCUAUGGAUAUCGGGAACUGGCUCCAAGUUUUUUCAUGGAUAAUCUCUCUGGCGAGCUCUAUUCACAUCCAUGAGAUUUUGACGAGCCAGAGGCCUGAGCCUGCUCCUGUUGCUCCUGCCGCCAUUACCAACAUUCGAGAUCGACCAGAAGCAAGAGCAGAAGUGCCUGACAAUCAGGAAGAAAAGGGAAAAGUAAGAAUUCAAGCUGUCUCCAGCAUCCGAGAUCAACUAGAUGAAAGGGAGAUAUUGGUUCGUGAAAUGAUGACAGAUCUUGCUAGAAAUCGUGCCGCCGCUCCAGCAACUGAUCCAGAGGCUUCCGAGAACCCAGCUGUUCCACCAAACGUUCUUACCACUAGAAAAUAUCUCGAGACUACUGUCGUACCGAUUCUUCUGCAAGGACUUAGAGCUCUUGCAAAGACCCGUCCAGAGUACCCGAUCGAGUUUUUGGCCAAUUUUCUCUGGCGCGAGAGGGACCAUUACAAAAACCAAAACCGUGCAGAACCGAUAGCAGAAGAGCAUGACAAGAUUUUAAUGAGCCAGAGACCUGAACCUGCUCCAGCUGCUCCUGCCGCCACUACCAACAUCCGAAAACGACCAGAAGAGAGAGCAGAAGUUCCUGACAAUCAGGAGGACGAGGAAAAGUUGGGAGCAAGAAUUCAGGCUGCUUGGUGGCCGAGGGGACAAUCCAUCGAAGAAAAAAACCAGAGAUGUUUUGAACUACUGAUCCAACGCUUCAAAAAUGCAGCGUCCCCUUUCGAAAUCCGGAAUGCACUCAAAAGGAUGGAGGAGAAACGCAGACAUCGAGACCAGAGAAACGAGCUCUUUGGAUUGCCGAACAUCUUGAAAGACCAUGAUUUUUUUGACGAUCUUGAAUAUGUGACCGGCAUAAAAAGGUGCAGAAAUCUAAGUGUUUCGAUACAACUAGAACCUUUCAUUGUAACCACAUUGUUGGUGCUCGGUGUAUUCGAAUAUGCCCGAUUUGCCGUUAAUAAAGUGAUGUUCUGA